UUAUGAAAUAGCAAUCCAGAAACCUGUUGUGACUUCAAAAUGACUUUUCAUGUGGAAGGGUUGGUAGCUAUCAUUUUGUUCUACUUGGCCAUCCUGAUUGUUGGAAUAUGGGCUGCUUGGAAGACCAAAAACAGUGGGAGUGAUGGAAGUCGUGGUGAAGCUAUUAUAGUUGGUGGAAGAGAUAUUGGCUUGCUAGUUGGUGGAUUUACCAUGACUGCCACCUGGGUUGGAGGCGGUUAUAUAAAUGGGACAGCUGAAGCAGUGUAUGUUCCAGGCUAUGGACUCGCCUGGGCUCAGGCACCCAUUGGGUAUGCACUUAGCCUAGUUGUAGGUGGUUUGUUUUUUGCAAAGCCCAUGCGUUCCAAAGGGUAUGUGACAAUGUUGGAUCCAUUUCAGCAAAUUUAUGGAAAACGGAUGGGGGGGCUUAUCUUCAUACCCGCCCUGAUGGGAGAAAUGUUUUGGGCAGCAGCCAUAUUUUCUGCAUUAGGUGCCACCGUAAGUGUAAUCAUUGAGAUCAACAUGAAUAUUUCAAUUAUUGUUUCUGCUUCCAUUGCAACUCUAUACACAUUAGUGGGAGGAGUUUAUUCAGUUGCUUAUACAGAUGUGGUCCAGCUGUUCUGCAUUUUCAUAGGAUUGUGGAUCAGCGUCCCAUUUGCCUUGUCCCAUCCUGCAGUAACAGACAUUGGAUACACAGCUGUGCGUGAAGUAUACCAAAAACCCUGGCUUGGGACCAUUAAAUUACCUGACAUAUACACAUGGAUUGACAAUUUCCUUUUACUGAUGUUAGGAGGAAUCCCAUGGCAAGCCUAUUUCCAGCGAGUCCUUUCUUCUUCAUCAGCUGUGUAUGCACAACUGCUCUCUUUUCUAGCAGCUUUCGGGUGUCUUGUGAUGGCAGUACCUUCGGUACUCAUUGGUGCCAUCGGUGCAUCAACAGAUUGGAAUAAGACAGAUUAUGCUGGCCAAGACCCCAAGUCUGAAAAUGAAGCUGACAUGAUAUUACCAAUUGUCCUUCAAUAUCUUUGUCCAGUGUACAUUUCGUUCUUUGGCCUUGGGGCAGUGUCUGCCGCUGUAAUGUCCUCUGCUGAUUCCUCCAUUUUAUCAGCAAGUUCUAUGUUCGUACGGAAUAUAUACCAGCUUUCAUUUCGACAAAGUGCUUCAGACAAUGAAAUAGUUUGGAUCAUGCGAAUUACCAUUUUUGUGUUUGGAGCUUCAGCAACAGUGAUGGCUCUGCUAGCUCAAUCCAUUUAUGGUCUCUGGUUCCUCAGCUCUGACCUGGUUUACAUCAUCAUCUUUCCCCAACUUUUAUGUGUUCUUUUUAUCAAGGGAACAAAUACCUAUGGUGCCAUUGCAGGAUAUUUAUUUGGGCUCGUAUUUCGAAUUACUGGAGGAGAACCUUAUCUGUCCUUAAAGCCUUUGAUUUUCUACCCCGGUUGGUAUCAAGAAGAUGGCACGUAUUUUCAGAGAUUUCCUUUUAAGACAUUAGCUAUGCUUACCUCCUUCUUUACAAACAUUGCAGUGUCCUAUCUAGCAAAAUAUUUAUUUGAAAGUGGCACUUUACCACCCAAACUAGACUUCCUUGAUGCUGUUGUUGCGAAGUACAGUAAGGAGAACAUGGACAAGGCUACUCUUGUGAAAAGUGACAAUAUUGUUCUAAAUGAACUGGCACCAGUGAAUCCUCGACACACUUUGACUCUGAGCUCUACUUUCACAAAUAAAGAGGCGUUCAGUGAUAUGGAUUCAAGUCCAGAGGUAUCCACUGCAGAGGAGAAUUGACAACAACCCAGAUGAAGAGAAAUGCUGCUUUUGCCUCACCCGUAGUGCAACAGGGUACGCUGCCAUGGAAAAUUAAAGGUAGCUUGGGAAGAAAUGGAGACAAAAAAAA